GGUGAGUGAGCGCCUCUACCACAGCGGGCGGAGGGCGCGCCGCGCGGUACGCUCGCCCGGGUGUCGUUCCUCGGUGCGCUGCGGACCGAUGGCCACGCGACCAGCCCCGGGUCUUCGCGGUCGGCCUUCUCUGAGCCCCCCGCGCCUAUCGCGUUCAGCCCGGCCUCCCGCGCCCCUGCCGGUACCUAGCCCGCGGAGGGCAGCGUGUGACCUGUUGGGGUCCGGCGUCGCUACAGAGAGUUCCUGGUUCAUCCUUGAGACUCAUCUACUCUGAGCCAUCCUCAUGGAUGAACUUCAGGAUGUUCAACUCACAGAGAUCAAACCACUUCUAAAUGAUAAGAAUGGCACACGAAACUUCCAGGACUUUGACUGUCAGGAACAUGACAUUGAAACACCGCAUGGUAUGGUCCACGUCACCAUAAGAGGCUUACCAAAAGGAAACAGACCUGUUAUCCUGACAUACCAUGACAUUGGGCUCAACCAUAAAUCCUGCUUCAACACGUUCUUCAACUUUGAGGAUAUGCAAGAGAUCACCCAGCACUUUGCUGUCUGUCACGUGGAUGCUCCGGGCCAACAAGAAGCAGCACCCUCCUUCCCCACAGGGUAUCAGUACCCCACCAUGGAUGAGCUGGCUGAGAUGCUGCCUCCUGUUCUUACACACUUAAGUAUGAAGAGCAUCAUUGGUAUUGGGGUUGGAGCAGGAGCCUACAUUCUCAGCAGAUUUGCACUCAACCAUCCAGAGCUGGUAGAAGGUCUUGUGCUCAUUAACAUUGACCCGUGUGCUAAGGGCUGGAUUGACUGGGCAGCUUCCAAACUCUCAGGUUUUACCACCAACAUUGUGGACAUAAUUCUGGCUCAUCACUUUGGUCAGGAGGAGUUGCAGGCCAAUUUGGACCUCAUUCAAACCUACAGACUGCACAUUGCUCAAGAUAUCAAUCAAGAAAACCUCCAGCUCUUCCUGGGUUCCUAUAAUGGGCGCAGAGACCUGGAGAUCGAAAGGCCUAUACUGGGCCAAAAUGAUAACAGAUUGAAAACGCUAAAGUGUUCUACCUUACUGGUGGUGGGGGACAAUUCACCUGCUGUGGAGGCUGUGGUUGAAUGUAAUUCUCGCCUCGACCCUGUAAAUACAACUUUGCUAAAGAUGGCAGACUGUGGAGGACUGCCCCAAGUAGUUCAGCCUGGGAAGCUCACCGAGGCCUUCAAGUACUUUUUGCAGGGAAUGGGCUACAUACCAUCUGCCAGCAUGACCCGGCUCGCCCGAUCACGAACCCACUCCACCUCAAGUAGCAUUGGCUCUGGAGAAAGUCCCUUUAGCAGGUCUGUGACCAGCAAUCAGUCAGAUGGAACUCAAGAAUCCUGUGAGUCCCCUGAUGUCCUGGACAGACACCAGACCAUGGAAGUGUCUUGCUAAGCAGAUCUCCUCCCCUGGACCAUGCAAGUCCCUCCUCCUUGAAAUGACCACUCCGUAAUAGAACAUUUCAUUCCGUCAGCUGGCCCCUACUUCCUUUCACUCACGCAUGGCCACAGCAUCUCUCUCUAGUAGCCGAGAGUGUCAUUCUCUCCACCCUCUCUGUGUACCAGAGCCUCACCCAUGCCAUUACUGUAACAUUCCAACAUUUCCUCCAUCUGACCUGACCUCCAUAUCUUCUCUUGCCAGCCUUUCCCUAUGCUCCCUCAAAUAUGUAUCUGAUGAGAUUCUUUAAUUCCCAACUCCAUGUGUGUGCGAGCACGCGUGUCUGUGUCUGUGUGUGCACACUUCUGUGACUUUAGACAUGCUUUCUUGUAGUGCUUCUGCAAAGGGACUUUUUGUGAAUCCUCAGUGGCAUUUUUUUAAGGGAAAUAUGCAGAGUGGAUAUCUGGGUGGGUUGGGCCACAAGAUUGGAUUUUGGUUCCACUUGGACAACAAACAGUAUUUGCAGAGUGAUUUCAGGAGAGAGCAGGUCUGAGGAAUAUGCAAAACUGUAGUUACUGUGUGGGCCAUUGACUGCCUUGACCAGUAGAAGGGAUAACUAUUACACAGAUAGGCAGGCAGGGUGGCAGUCACCUCCCCUGUCCACGUGGAUCCAUCUCUGUCAUUGUGUGAGUCAGAGGGAUAGAUCGGAAGCCUGUGAAUGAUGUCUGGUGCACCACGGCGUUUUCUCCAGAGAACUGGCCUAAGCUCUAGAUAGCCAAGAAAGCUGGAAAACAGAGCACCAGGCUUCACUCUGCAGAGAGAAAGUGCUCCAUCCCUGUAGCGUCUGAUUGCACUUACCAGACACCCACGCAUCUGCAGGAAGUCUGAUGUAGAGCAGUUCUCCAUCCCUCAGUUCCAGAAAAAAUGGAGUGAUAUUUAAAAAUGCCAUCGAUGGUGGGGGUCUUACUGGGGAAGAGGAAGGACCAUUAGCACACCAUCAUGAUGUCAGAUGACAAAAUGGAAGCCAAGACACCUUGAAGGUGACUUUCCAGGAAGGUCAUAAGUAUGUAAUGUCCCUUUAUCGGAGGGAAGGGGACACACUCAGGGCAGCCCUGUCCAGGUAGAAAUAUUUUUGCCCCCCUGUCUGUUGUUGAUGAGGGGUCAUACCAGCCAGGGAGACCCUCUGGGAGGAAGCUGCCACACACAAGGACUCUGGAAGUAUCCAGAUGUGAGCCCAGCCAGGGUCCUAUGGUUCCAAAUCUGAAGAAAAGGUUUUUCACACACUCCUUGCUUUCUGCUAAGAUAAGAAAGGCGUCACUCUGCCAGAGUGUGACUUUUUACAGAUUAAAUAAAGCUGUAUAUGUCUCAUUGUUA